AUGGCUUCCGCGAUCGAGGAAAAGCGCCGAGCAACAUCUGCUGCAGUUGCGGCAGUACAGGCUGGCGGAGGGAAGCGGCGCAUAACCAACUACUUGGAGGGAGAUGCCUCUGCGGCUAAGCGGGAUGCUCACGAGGGCCUUGCGCUGAUGUUUGCGACCUGCAGAAUCCCGGAGGUCACCAUGGACCACCCGCUGUUCAUCAACGCCAUGCUGCUCGUCAACCGCGGCGGCAACGGCUACGUCCCCCCCAGGAGGACUUUCAUUGGCGGGGCUGGACUGGUCGCUGUCCGCAAAGGGAUUGAGCAGGGGCUGGUGGGGAUUAAAUCGAGCUGGAAGAAGACGGGGGUAACAAUUGCAUCCGACAUGAUGACGGACAAAUGUGGGAGGGCGCAAGCGAACGUGCUUCUGAUCAACGACUCCGGCGCUGUCUUCAGGGAGGCGAUCGACUGCGGGGUGGUGGAUCGAACUGGGGAGAUGAGUUCGUUCGUUCGCAACCAUCAUUGGACGCGCGCUUACCUGAGGACCAAGGAGUUGGUGGAGGGGAAGGUGCUGCAGCCGCUGAAGCCAGCGGGAACACGGUUCGGGACACAAUACAUUGCUAUGUCCCGCCUUUGUCAGUUGCGUAGCACCCUCAACGCGAUGGUGCUUUCCGACAGGUGGAAGGAGUGGGCCUCGGGGUCGCAGAAGGAAACUGCCGAGGCCUUUGCUGAACGGGUCCUCGAUGACGCAUGGUGGCGGACGGCAGAAUUCUUCUGCAAGCUGAUGCAGCUGCCCUACAAGGCGAUGCGGCAGACUGACGCAGAUGCCAAUGAGAUGAUGGGCCGGCUCUACAAUGUAAUGCCACAGCUUACCGAGGAUGUCAACAACAUCCUGGACGAGGAUGAGCAGCAGCUGAGUAGCGCGGACAAGGAAAAGAUCCGCAGCAUCAUCAAGGACCGUUGGGAUAACAACCUCGCCUGCGCCAUGCACGUUGCUGGCCGAAUCCUCAACCCCACCGACCAGGAGGAGGAUAUCUUUGGCAGCGACGCCGAAUGCAUCCGGAUUUUCAAGGCGUUAAUCAACUAG